AUGCCGUCACUUCCGUCCUUUCACCCAGAAUGUCUGGCAGGCCGCGUGGCUCUUAUCACGGGAGGCGGCACAGGGAUUGGCAAGGGCAUCGCAAAAGUCUUCCUCUCACACGGAGCAAAGGUUGCCAUCGCCUCAAGGAACGUCAAGACACUGCAGGAGACCGCACAGGCCUUGGAGCGUUCAACGGGUGGCACCUGCCUUCCUGUCGUCUGUAACGUGCGAUCCCCUUCCUCAGUCGCGUCUGCAGUUGCUACAGUCCUCUCCGUACUUGGAUCUAUUGACAUCUUGGUGAACAACGCAGCAGGAAACUUCUUGGUUCCCCUAGAAGCUCUGACCUUAAAGGGCUUUCAAGCGGUGAUGGACACGGACGCGAUUGGGGUAUUCACCGUCUCAAAGGCGGUAUUCCACGCCGCAUUCCAAGGGGCCAUCAAAAAGGAGGUUCAGGAGGCCCCCAUUGCCAGGCAAACCUCACGAAACGCCCUUUCAGAAGGGGGUGAAGGGGCCCCCCCGGGGGCCUCUUCGGCCUCAGGAGUACGGACGAGCCCCUCAGAGGGGUCUCCUUGGGCUGAAGGCUUGGCGGCAAGCAAAGACAGGGCAAUUGGGGAAGGGGGCCCUUCGAGUGGCUUUCAAAAAGAAAAAAGUUCGGAUUCUGGGGUUGGCUGGACACGGGCCUCCGUGUACACCCAAGGGGGAUGUAAGUGCAUCAUAAAUAUCUCCAUGACGCUGCAUUAUACAGGAGCACUGAUGCAGACGCAUGCCGGCGCAGCGAAAGCCGCCAUAGAUGCGCUAACAAAGCACAUGGCUGUAGAAUGGGGCCCCUACAAAGUGCGUGUAAACGCAGUAGCGCCAGGGCCAAUUAAAGACACGCGAGGGCUAGAGCGGAUCAAUCCAUUUAGCGCCGUUUCGGCUGGGGUCCGUUCCACAAAUGUACAAAGCCUGGGCAAGAAAGAAAAUCAACGCCCUGAUGCGCAGGAUCAACUAGAGCUGCUGCGGAGGUUUGUACCACUGCAACGCUUGGGAACAGUGGAGGACGUUGCCUAUGCCUGCCUCUUCCUAGCACUCCCGGAGGCCAGCUACAUUACGGGAAGCACCUUGGUAGUCGAUGGGGGCCAGUGGCUUACUUCAGGGAACUAUACGGCUUUACAACCAGAGGUCAAUGAGGCAUGGAGAAACGCGCCUUUUGCCUCCAGCCUAAAAAAAUCUAGGCUUGAACAAUAUCUGAUGCAUGGAGAGCCCGAACCUUUAAACAAUACAUGCUACAGUCCAGGCCCAAGUUUUUUAGCCGUGAAGUCCUAUCAAGCCAUUGAAGCAUCUAUUAGCUGCUUCUUUGAAAGAAGAACCUCGCUGUCUGUUGCCCUCGUCUUUGAGGGCUCCGUGUUGAGGGCGAGAAUGAACUAUAGGGGCAUGCGUUGGUGCGUCCACAAAGCUCUUCCAUCCAUCGCACAUAGCACAACACAGAAGCCUGGAACACAGGCACGCAGCACCAAUUCACCCUUACAGUUUUGA